GACUGAAUUUGUGAAACCAAGUUCUGAUAAAACUAAAAAUCUAUGCUUAAAAGGAUGAGUGCAAAAAAAGGAUUGGAAUUUCUGCGUGCAGUCUCGAGCUAUAUGACUAAAACGAAUGGCUACGAUCGAUGUUUACAGCAGCUAAAAAUCGUCAGCGGAGGCGACGGGAAGUGCAUUGCCGAGUUCAAGGUGGCCGAGGAACAGCUGAACCGGGCCGGUGGACUGCACGGGGGCUUCACCGCAACCAUCGUGGACGUGGUCACGACGUACGCGCUCAUGACCAAGGAAAACUGCCUGCCGGGCGUAUCGGUCGAUAUCCACGUGACGUAUCUGAAGGGGGCACGGGAGGGGGACGAAGUGAUCAUUGAUGCCAAUACGAUUCGUGCCGGCAAAAAUCUGGCCUUCCUGGAGUGCGAGCUGCGGCACAAGCGUGACAACUCGAUCAUUGCUAGGGGUCAGCAUACGAAGUACAUCGGAUCAGGUGGCGGCAAGCCGAAGGAGUAGGUUGGGCGUUUCUUUCGGUUUUAGUCAAUGCAAUAAUGGCGUAGAAGCAGUAUACAGGGAAGACGUAGUUCGAAAAGAGAGUAAAAGUGUUAAUUGUUUUUAUUAGUUCAAUAUUCUGUUUUUUGCUUUAAGUUUUUUUUUCAAUGUGAAGUACCGGGUCUCUUUCGGGAUAAAACUGGUGUGAACGUACUACAUUAUGUUGCUUAUAGUCUAAACAGAA